GUGCUCUUCAACGUCCCGGAGAAUACGGACGUGCAGAACGAUUUGCUGCGAAGUAGUGAGUUCGUAACCACUCUGAUAGCGGGCCUUCGCUAUCAUCUUCAAAAUAGUACCAAUGCCGUAGUAGCCGCGAGCGUACGCAUGACAGACCUUAGAUUGAAGCUACUAAGCAUUGGUAACGCAGUCACAC